AUUAAAAUAUAUUAUGUUACUAUGCUAAAUGUUAUAUUAUAUUAUAUUAUAUUAUAUUAUAUUAUAUUAUAUUAUAUUAUAUUAUAUUAUAUUAUAUUAUAUUAUAUUGCUUGCCCAGACUUGAUCCUAAUGAUAAUAGUGAUAUUGUUUGGGCAAUAAUCGUGGUGAAGAUGAGCAGAAGUAAAAAUCUUGAAUUUUGGCAAUAAUCAGAGACAUAGGUGUUGUAUCAGGCAGCUAAUAAAGGUAUCUUUCAAAUUCUUCCUCAGUAAAACGUCACGCUUUUAACCACCACAAUAACACCUAUGAAUAAAGGAACGAGUAAACGAAUAAAUAAGUUAAAUGUUCAGUUAUAUAUUAUUCUAGUUAGUUACUCAAUGUAGUGAAUUUUUGGAUGAUGCGCACUGUUUGUGUUUAACAUUCCAACAUGUGCAGUUUAGUAUUUUAUUAUUUAUUUAUUUAAUCUGCUUCUCUCUACUUUGGACAGCAGUUGUCAGUUUUUUUCUGUCCUCCGCAGUCUCCCCGCGGUCUCCGCCCCCAGUCUGCCUGAAUGGGAACACCCAGAGCGGGAUCCCCGGCGCUUCUGGCAUUCAUCCCAAACACAGCACAGCCCCUCAAAGCAACGUCCUCCAGUGAUUUUUAUUAGCAAAAGCGGCGUAUUGCAGAUAAAAUAUUUGAGUGCAAUGUCAUACCUGUCACAGGAUGCUGACUCUAGAUCUGGAAACUGAUACGACUUCGGAGGACACAGCGCCAAGCUCCCCGGAUGGUGGUGCGGAGACACCGGUCAGUCUCGAUGUACUGGAAGAGCAACUUCCAGUAAAGCAAUCUUUGGGUGCCUCUAUGUGCCGUGAGACGCACUGGCGUUGUCUCCUGCUUUCCUUGCUCAUGUACAGCUGUCUGGGUGCCGUAGCCUGGUGUCAACUCACCGAAGUCACCAAGCUGAGCUUUGAUUCCUCCAGUAUGUUCCAUGCUGCUUCAAUGAACUCUCUUAGGGGUCAUUCCAUGAAAUACAACGCCAGUCCUUGCUCUGACGGCUACGUGUACAUCCCUUUGGCUUUUCUGCUCAUGCUCUAUGCUGUUUACCUAAUGGAAUGUUGGCAUUGCCGUGCCCGCAGUGAGCUCCAGUGCAAGGCCAACGUGGAGAGCGUGUACGAGAGGGUUCUUCGUAUGCGUCAGGCUCGACCGUGCGUUUGGUGGAAAGCCAUCAGUUAUCACUUCGUACGCAGGACUCGACAAGUGACGCGUUACAGGAACGGAGACACCUACACUACGACGCAGGUUUACCACGAGCGUGUAAACACGCAUGUGGCAGAGGGAGAAUUCAACUACGGCCGCUGCGGCAUGAAAGACGUGUCGCGCAACUUACGUGGACUGGAGGGUCACGCAGCGACGCGGUUGCAUUUCAGCAAGUGUUUCAGUUUUGCAGGAGCCGGACCUGAGAAUGCCUACCUCAACCAGCGGGCCAGAUUCUUCUCUGAAAUCGAGGGUCUGGAUGACUACAUGGAAGCCCGUGAAGGCUUGCUCCUAAAGAACGUGGACUUCAAAGAGCACCUCAUAGCCUACGUAGAUCCUGAUCGACUACCGUGGUACACCUCACGGGUCGCAUUUUGGAUGGCUGCUCUCCUCAUGCUCUCCUGGCCACUUCGGGUGCUAACCGAGUACCAGACGGCUUUCGUGCACUAUCAAGUCGAAAAACUCUUCGGGCUGGAGUACGCCAACAACAGCCCAUCUCCAGAAGAUGGAGCUACUUUAAGGAACAGUCACUACGGCCUACCGAGAGCAGAAACGGUAGACAGCACAGAGCUAGAAUGGCACAUUCGCUCGAACCGUCAGCUCAUACCGAGCUACUCGGAGGCCAUGCUGAUGAACAUGGGUACCUCGGGGUCAAGCCGUAGAGACAGCAUUGCUUCCAACCGCAUCCCAUUGGACAGCUACCCAGCGCACAGCUAUGGGACGCUGGUGCAGAGCUGCGAGCAUUGUCGCCAACACGAGAGUGGACAGAGACGGCCCACCCUUAGCUCCAGCUGUUCCUCCAUCUUCUCUCGACACACCUCCCACUUGUCUCUGGACACCUCCCAUUUCUCCUUGUGUCGCAUGUACGGUUCCAGGCGCACUGUGGGACUGUUGAGGAGCCGAAGCAGCUCGCUUACAGAACGCUGCUGUGUGGACGAGCAAUGCUGCAGGUCUGACACCAGUCAGCUUGCCUUGAACAACAGCCCACCCAACUACCAGGACGCUCGUUUUUUUCCGGUCCUAAUAGUACAUCGGCCCGAGGGUUGCGGGGACUCUUCAGAGAUGAGAAGGUAUUAUGUUCGCAGAGGUUCCUGUUGUGUGGAGACUUCACUUUGAUAUGAAUUGAUUGGUCGAAUUCAAGAAAUACUUGCACUAUGGAGAUUUUUGACGCAAGAAGUCUAAGACUGAUGAAGUGUAUCCUUAUUAACUUUGUCCUAUGCGAAAAAAUUUAACGUGGUUUAGUCCGUGCGCCACUGAACUAUUUUUUAUAUCAAAGGGCUAGAUUCAAAGGAUUUAUUAGUAGCCCUUUAUACUUUAAAUUUAUUAGCAGCUGGGAAGAACUGUAAUGCAUUACAAAUCUGCUGGCUUUAAUAAACACUAAAGAAAAUCCUACCAUAUUUAACAGCCAAAAUCACGCAUCGCUUGUUGGAAAUGUUUGUGCUAUCAAUGUCACUGAACAAAAAAGGUUCUGACGGCAGACUUCUUUAGAGGACAGAAUUAGCUGUGGAAGAAUUAAUUAUUUACUUGCUGCCAUUUUGCCUUUGUAACUCAAAUAUUGGUGAAACCGGGGCUUAUUGUCAUGCUUUUUAUGCCAAUUCUUCUCAGGGUUAGUUUUUUUUUAAGUCAACUUCUGUGAAGGUACAUACAUUAAAGGUGCCGUGAAUCAGGUGUUUUUAUUGUUUUAUACUG